AUGUUCAUUUCCAAGGCCAAGAUUGGUCACCUAACCCUAACGGAGGUGGUGGCAGGCCGGUACGCGUUCUUUGCAAAAGACCGCGCAUAUGGUUGGAAGUGCUUCGCAACACUCUUCUUCAAUUGUGAAGAGGAACAAAGAGUCCGAUUCUACAACUGGGGACUGUUUGCGACAUUCGACCCCUGCAAACAGGAUACGUAUGGAGCCCGAGUGAAGAAACUCAAAUACCCUCUGUUCACGGACCACCCGAAUUUCAUGGAAUUAAAUAUGAAAUUGCUCGCCCCGACCGAGGACACCCUUCACGGGGGUUCCUCGGGUGUAACGCUGGAAGUUGAAAAACUUUUCGACAUGCAGCGGACCCCAGCGAUGAAGUCGCACCUUGACGUGGUGCUGGGGCUUUUAGUGCUACGAGGACCUUCACUGCAGGACAUUGCAGUGAGCGCGACAGAAACCAAGACGACUUCAACCCUCGAUAAGGUUCCAGAUCAUGUCCGAUCUGGGGAGGUGAGGAGGCCUUAUGGCUCUCUGAUCAAAACUGCACGACCGUCUCGCGGCGGUAACCAUUCACACCCCUCUUUACAUAGCAGUAUUUAUAGAACUCCAGCAUUGGACGGUGCUGUUUUUUUUUUGUUCUCAACUACUGCUAUUUUCCCUCCUUAUUGUGGUAUUAUUUAUAAAACCCUGGCGAUUAUGCUGCUUUUUUAG